UUUGUCACCCGCGGAGAGCAGCAACCCGGCUGGGAUGAGAGUGAGCAGCCUCCGUGUGGCAGCAGAGGAAGAAAGCGCGGACGUCACAUGGAGAGAUGCGACCAGCAGUAGCUGCCUCACCGCUAAUCACACAACAUUAACAUAAACUGGCUACCGAAAGCUAACCCGGAUAGCCGCUUGCCUUUGAUUUUUUUCCCUUCACGUUCGGAAUUUCAAUUCUGAGAGAAAACGAGCGCUGAAUUAAUUCGCGGUGCUAAACGGGAAACGACCCAGCCUCGUCGCACAGUUAGCCCGGCUUCUGCUUGCACCCAGCUGGCAGGGUAAACGACACCUACGAUAGCGAACUCUGCUCUUGGCUAGCGUCAAGCUAGCCAGCUAGCUCGCUAGCUACUAAUAUCGCUAACGGUAGUUAGCUAGCUAGCGAGCUGUAGUAACUUGCGUCAUGGAGGAGCUGGUCGUGGAAGUAAGAGGCACGAGCGGCGCCUUUUACAAGGCGUUCGUGAAGGAUGUUCAAGAGGGAUCCGUCACCGUGGCGUUUGAAAACAACUGGCAGCCGGAGCGUCAGAUCCCGUUCCAGGACCUGCGUUUUCCCCCUCCAACAGGUUUCUGCAAAGAGAUCAAUGAGAGCGAUGAGGUUGAGGUGUAUUCUAGGGCUAAUGACAAGGAGCCAUGUGGAUGGUGGAUGGCAAAGGUUCGCAUGGUCAAAGGAGAGUUUUACGUAAUAGAGUAUGCUGCAUGCGACGCCACAUUAAACGAGAUAGUGACACUGGAACGGCUACGGCCGGUCAACCCGAAUAAGCCGGCCACCAAAAGCACCUUUGUUAAGAUCAGACUGGAUGUCCCUGACGAUCUACGACAGAUGUGUUCCAAGGAGUCGGCACACAAGGACUUCAAAAAGGCCGUCGGAGCGUUCAGCGUCACCUACGACUCGGAGAAAAAGCAGCUGGUCAUUCUGUCCGUGAAUGAGGUCACAACAAAGCGGGCCGGUAUGAUGAGCGACAUGCACUUCAGGAGCCUCCGGACCAAGCUGUCGCUCAUGCUGCGGAACGAAGAAGCCAACAGGCAACUGGAGAGUUCCAGACAGCUGGCGUCACGGUUUCACGAGCAGUUUGCUGUGCGGGACGAUCUCAUGGGCCUGGCCAUCGGGACUCACGGGGCCAACAUCCAGCAAGCACGGAAAGUUCCGGGAGUCACAAACAUAGACCUGGACGAGGAGACGUGCACCUUCCACAUAUACGGAGAGGACCAGGACGCAGUCCGCGUCGCCCGGAGUUUCUUGGAGUUUUCCGAAGAUGUCAUCAAAGUUCCCCGGAACUUAGUAGGGAAGGUGAUCGGCAAGAACGGGAAGCUGAUCCAGGAGGUGGUGGACAAGUCGGGCGUGGUGAGGGUUCGUAUUGAGCCCGAGAGCGAUAAGAAGCCUUCAGCAGUGGCAGCCGUGGCAGCAGCAGCGGCAGCAGAUGAAGGAAUGGUGCCAUUUGUGUUUGUGGGGACCAAGGAGAGCAUCUCCAACGCAACAGUACUGCUGGACUAUCACCUCAAUUAUCUUAAGGAGGUGGAUCAGCUGCGUCUGGAGCGUCUCCAGAUUGACGAGCAGCUGAGGCAGAUAGGAGGAGGAGGUGGAGGCGGGGGAGCUGGACCCCGAAACCCUAAAGACAAAGCCUACGUGUUCGAUAACGGCAUGGGGCUGGGACGAGGAGCAGGAGGGAAGCCUUUCGUCGGAGGCCGAGGUGGACGAGGGCGGCGAGGGGGAGGAGCGCCGUUUGCAUCGGGCACCAACUCGGAGGCAUCCAACGCCUCAGAGACGGAGUCCGACCACAGGGAGGAGCUGGGGGAUUGGUCACUGGCCCCCACCGAGGAGCUGAUGACUGGAGGCGGGACCUUGCCGAGACGGACGGAUGGGAGGAAGAGAGCAGGUGGCGCAGGUCCGAGGGGCCGGGGAGGGAGAGGGAGAGGUGGAUACAAAGGUGAAGACAUGCAGUGGAGCGAGUCGAGACCUCGCCAUGUCCGAGACCCCAAGACAAGAGGCCAGGAAGACACUCUGCAGAUUCGCGUGGACGGAAACGAGCGAAGCGUACAGCACUCGUCGGCUGGGCGAGGAGCAGGAGGAGGGGCGCCUCCCGCAACCACGAGCGGAAUAGCUGCCGGCGGCGAGGGCCAACCCCGCCACCACCACCAGAGACCCAUGAGAGAACGAGGGAUGAAGAAGGACAAACAGGACGCUCCGGCACUGGUGAACGGAGUGUCGUAGAUGCACUACUGGAGGACCAUCUCACUUAGAUGCACACACACACACACACACACACACACACACACACACACACACAUGCAGGAAACUUAUCAUAAACCAUCGUAGAAUCUCAGUCUCUGGCAUUUUUUUCUUUCUUUCUUUCUUUGUCUCAUGUCAAAAACAAGUACACACACAUGCAUCCGCAUGGACGCGUUUUGCCGUAAGAGAGACCCGAGGCGUCCCGAAAUCAGUCCGCCGGGUUUAUUCUCGACUGGUCCGGUUCCUCCUGUUCUGGAGUAAAAGAAAAGCUGUACUUUUUUUUUUUUUUUUUUCCUUCUCUUUUCGGACAUGAGGAAAAUACGAGGGGGGGAGGGUUUGAUGAAGGUUCCCCUCUCUUACAUAAGCAGUAACACCACAAAAUUUAAUUAAAAUCACAUGAAUCCAUUUUUCCUGUCCGCCACCCCGUUCUGACCCGCUCACAUUGGAAAAGAGAAACAAGAUGAGGGAAUGAAGGAAGCCAUUGGUCGGCAGGAAUCAAUGAAUUUCAGCCUUGUGAAAGGGCAGAAUGAAAUGAAUUUCCUGUCUUUCUCCGUGGUUCACGCAAAUGGUACAUUUUAAUUGACACUGGGGCUCUGAGAAGAUGACCCACAAGCACGGUUUUUCCAAGUAAAGACAUUACUUUGGGUGGUCUAAAACUGCAAAUCCCAUCAUUUCAGUCAGCUGCAACACAUCUCUUUGUUUAGAACUUUAACUCUCAACGAGUGACAGGACCCAUUUAGUUUGAGCCCCAUAACGUCUACAUGGAAUAUGGGAAAAUGUUUGCAGAGGGCACUUUAUGGAUUCUUUUUCUUAUUAUUAUUAUCUGACAUUUUAAAGCAUCCAUGUUUCAGAAUAAAACACAAAUGUGCAAAUUUUCCUCAAGCUUAGCAAAGACUUACUAAUGCUGUUUAAUCACCUGGAUUUUUUUUUUCUGCUGUUGCUAAAACGCUAUUUGAUUUGUUCAGUCUGCUUGUUGACAACCUAUGACAAAAUGGAGACAUAAAUCUGAGGCACUCCAACGUAAUUUAACGGUUUAUUUAGCUGAAACCCACCACGAGCUUCCAGUGGUUUGUGUCAAACGUCGUUAAUCGCCGCUCUUUGCAGCAGGAACUGUCCACCUGUCUCGUGAGCAGCUCUCCGACACAAUGGACUGAAUCGAAUGGGGCAACUCCAACCUAGAAUAUUCAGAAUUCAGGCCGCGUUGGCAUUUUCCGAGAGCUUCGCUGCAGCGUGCCUGCAGAGGCUUUUAACUGUGGCGAGCUCCUCACAGGGAGCGGCCGGAGAGCUGUCAGUUGGAGGCCGUAAAAGCUAGAUUCCCUCCGCGUGGACCAAUAACUCUCGCUCACAGGAACCAGCAGCCUCCCAUUACCUGACCUUUUCCUUAAUUUAUGAAAUCCAAUUUAACUUGUGUUUCCAGUCAGAAAACAAUCCAGUAAAAUGUAGAGAAAAUAACAUUGUUGUUAUACCUUGACACAAUAAAAGUUUGGUCUACGUUUUAUUCUCUCUGCUGUUCCAGGUUAUUUAUCUCGACCAGUCCCCGCUAUUUACAUAUUUCGUGUAUUAACCUUAAUUUCGUGUUGUCAUAUUCAGGCGUCAUGUUGCGAAUUUCAAAAGCAGAGGGGACCGUUUGAAAUCUGCUUUCUGUUGCAGGUGUUUUGUGUGAUAGGAAAUAGUCGACCUAGUUUUUUUCUUCUGGGUCAUUCUGAGGUUUCUUUAUGGUUUGUGCCUUGGAUUUAUGUUCCACUGUCUGAAGUCGGUUCAUUCUAAAGGAGAGAAAAAUAGUGAGUGUUUACACACAUACAUGCUGUACUUAUUUUUCCCAGCUAACACCUUGUUAUUUAAAGUUUAAGAUAUCCAUGGAUGAUUGUCUCGAGGGGGUUACCUCAACAAAUUCUGUCAGCUUAUUAUUGAACUUAUUUUGUGAGGGCGGGGGGUGGGCAUCUUGCAACCUCUUUAUAAUAUUGACUUUGUAAAUGUCAUGCAUGGGGAGAUCAAUGGUGCCAUUGUUAAAAAUAUAGAGUCCAGUUUAGGUGGCAGGAAGAACGUGUACAAUGUCAAAUGUUGCAAGCUAUUUCUAUAUUCAAUAUCAGUGCUGUGAUGGCGAUAGGUUAGUUGGUUUAGAAUGAAAAGGAGUGAUCGUUAAUGACUAGAUAAAGAUAUCUAAGGUUUCUCUGUGCAUUUGUAGGCUUAGUAUUUUUCAAGAAUACUGUAGCACUUAAACUCAUCACUAAGCAAACGUGCUAGCUAGCAUUCUGAAUGAGAAUGCUAGCUAGCAUGUAAAGUCAAAGCGUUGCGGGUUAAAUUUGUUCAUUUUUAAUACAAAUACAAAAAUUGCUGGAAAAUUAGUUUAUUUUAUGGCUGCUGAUAAUUAAAUAAAAUGGGUGGCUAGGUGAAAGGACAUAAAGCUGAAUAGUAUUUGGUCGUUAGCUAAAUGCUUGAAAUGUGUAGCUUUGACCUGGCUAAAGCUACCAAAACCACAAUGCUAGCAUUGCCACACGUCUCAAUGUUUUCUCCUUUGUCUUAUUGUAUAACCUUUAUGGAGUUUUGACAGUAGUUUGUAGAGUUUCAUUGAGUUGUAUCUAUCCUCGUUUGAUAGCACACAAUUGUAAAGUUAACACCUGUGAACCAGUUACUGAUUUGCUUUUUGUACACAAUAAGUUAAAAUGGAGGGGGGAAAAAUGUUAAAGUGCUGCAUUACAUUUAUACUAACAUUGUUUCGAGGAAAUGUUUGUUCAGACCAUUGAUGCAAUUCUGCAAAUGCACAGGGAAACCUUACAAAACAUUUAUGUGACGUGCCUUUUAAUUGUGGACACCAUCCAAAGUAGAUAUGUAAAUGAAGGAUGUCACUGAAAACUGACAUGGGGUGUUGAGAUGGAUUUUUCCUGAAGUGAUUAUAAUAUCAAUAAUAUCACCUAGAUCGUCACUGACAAUGCUGAGCAUUUCUGAGCUUCCUCAAAAGGCAACGGGUAAGUAUUCGUACUUUAUGAGACAGGAAGUUCUGGCACAUUCGGAAAAAAGCUAACUCACCUGUUCCAUUGUUAGUACUAAAGGUGUAUCUGUACAGUUGAUGGACAUAUGCUUGUAGCUCGACCUGUAGCUGAUGACCUGGUUCAACUUACCCUUGAUUGGCCACUUAAAUCCCACGUGUACACCCCCUUUUUACGAUUUUAAUUUAAAUUGCACAGUUUACACAAUUUAAGAUGUUAUCUCACCCCCAUUCUCACUUUAAACUACCGAGAAACAAAUGAAACUGGUGAGCUUGAGCCAGGUCCAUACAUUAGAAGAGAGCUGUACUGUUUUAGUCUUUCAGGGCGCAUACAUUGUUUUCGAAAAUUGAAAAUACUCAGUAGAUUUUGAUCCAUGUUUGAAAGAUUUUUUGUUGGCUUUUCUUCCUUUUUUUUGUCUAAAGCAGUCUUUUUCUCAUUUAUCUUCUAUCUGAGUUUGGCUACAAUAACCAGUGAUGAGCAGCAUUUUUCAGAGAGACACCAAUCAACGUAGUCAGUGGAACAGAUUAAUCUUUUAUCUUUACUAGUAUUAUGGGUGUUCAUUUCUGUAUCACUAAUCCGCCAUCUCAAUUCCAGUUUAAACUGCAGCAGCGUUGUAUUUUUUUUUCCAGUUACUAUACAGUGCAGGGCAUCAACAAAUUAGUCAAAUGGAGGUAACCUCUGUAUUGUCAGUGGGGCAUCUACACUAUAGAGUUGCUUUGUAUUGGUGGGGU